AUGGCAUCUUCAAGACUAGUUGCUCGCUCAUCGCGCGCUCUCUUCUCCCUCCAGCGCACCCAAUGCCGUACCUUCAGCAUCUCUACGAUCCGCAACAAUGAGUUCGAAGCUCUCAACAAGCGCACCAACGACACUUCUGAGACGUACCGCAAAUACCAAAUCGAGAGGCCACUGAACCCUCAUCUUACCAACACCACCUCUACUAUUGCCAAUGAGAUGCCUGCGAUUGGCGAGGACGCUGCCCCGCCUGAGUUGAUCACCAACGCCGACGGCAAAUUCGCACCUAAGGACUCUGUGCCUGAGAAUACCGAGCGCAUGACAGGCGGAACACAGAGCAGCAAAGAUCAGGACGUUAGCGGAGCUAACAGCGAACUGGGUGUUGGUGAGAUGGAAGGCGCCAAGUUCAAGGUCGAACCUAUUCGCAGGACUGGAGAAGACCCGAACACCAUGCGUGCGAGGUUAUUAUAUCAGAGCCGCAAGAGGGGAACCCUAGAAAGUGAUCUCCUCCUCAGCACCUUCGCCGACGCCCACCUAAGUACCAUGUCUCCUUCUUUGAUGCAGCAAUAUGACACUUUCCUCGACGAAAACGACUGGGACAUCUACUACUGGGCGACUCAAGAACCCACACCUACAUCCCACGAGACAGCCGAGGGCGGUGGCUCUGCGAUGUCUACCGCCAACGCACAGGGCAUGGACGCGACGGCACAGACGAAGGUGCCUGAGAAGGACGAGCGCAAGAGGCAGCCUGGAGAGGGUGAAUGGGCGCAGACUGUUGGCACUUUCAAGCCCGCAUACAGGCCUGUGCCUAGCAGAUGGAAGGGCAGUGAGAUUCUGAGCUUGCUCCGGAAGCAUGUCAACGAGCGCAAGGCAGGAGGUGUAAUUGAGGGUGAGGGUAAAACACAACAGGAGGGGAAGGGUCUGGGAAUGAUGCCCGAGAUCAAGAACUUCGACCAGUAA